AUGUCGCUUCGGAGGGCUCGAACUCUCCUCGUCUUGUUCACAGGGCUGUCGCUGCAGCGGCUCUCAACAGCAGCUCCUGGCUACGACGUCUCUCUGACGGACGGUGCAGCAGCAGACACGCCGGCUGCAAGAGAUGCGGCCUCAGCAGCAGCAACUGCAGCAGCAACAGCAGCAGCAGCAGCAGCGACGGCAGCCGGAGAGGAGCAGCAACUCGCUCCAGACCUCCCCCCUGCCCCAGACGAUAGACAGCCAGACAGCACUGCAACAACAGCAGAGUUUGUAACUUUGCCUCUUUCGACUUCGGACAUAUUAGCUGCUGCCCUUGGACCUUAUGAUGAACGGCUAGGGCCAGUUGUUGCAGCAGCCGCAGCAGCAGCUGCUGCUGCGGCGUUAGUUGCUGCUGCAAAAACGCAGCCACCGCAAGACUCUGCGCCCCCUGCAGCCACUUCUGCUGCACCUGCUGCACCUGCUGCUGCUCCGCCUGUCGACGUGCCCUUAGAAGACAGCAGCACGUUUGACGUGCAGCUGUACUUGUCGCCGCAGCAGCAGCAGCAGCGGCUGCAGCGCCAGCAGCGCUGGCUGCCUCCCCGCGAGCAGCAAGACGUGAUGCUGCAGCAGCUGCUUCAGUACACUGCUGCACAGGCCUGGGAUAUCUACAGAGCUUCUCGCCUGAGCGCCUUUACUGACGCAGCCUCUUCAUAUUUCUUAGUUAAGCGGCAGCAGCAGCCCCAACGGCAGCAGAAGCAGCAGCAGCAGCAGGAUCAGCAGACCCAGCAGCAGCAGGAGCAGCAGCCGGAACAACAGGCCCAGCAGCAGGAGCAGCAGCCGGAACCACAGCAGGAGCAGCAGCCGGAACCACAGCAGCAGCAAGACGCGCAGCAGCAGGAGCAAGGAGAGGAGCGCCCGUAG